AUAUAGAUGAGACGACACGUGAAGUGGUCCAGCAUCUUAGAGAUUUAAGAUAAAGUACUCGAGAUAUAAACAGAGCAUACUUUAUAUAAAUUGUUCAACUGUUAGUAAAGUUACUCAGUCGGCUUUAUCGCUAAAAUGAAGCUGCUGUUGGUCCUAAGUUUGGUGGCAGUAGUCUGCAAUGCCUCUAUCGUGAGGCAUCAGCGUCGGUUCCCUGAUGAUUUCCUCUUUGGAACCGCUACUGCUGCUUACCAGAUUGAGGGUGCCUGGAAUGAAGAUGGUAAGGGUGAAAAUAUUUGGGAUUACAUGGUCCACAAUACCCCUGAAGUCAUCAGAGAUCAAUCCAAUGGUGACGUCGCUGCUGACUCCUACCACAACUACAAGCGUGAUGUUGAGAUGAUGAGGGAGUUAGGCCUGGAUGCUUACAGGUUCUCCCUCUCUUGGUCUCGGAUCCUCCCUACAGGCAUGGCCAAUGAGGUCAACCCCGCUGGCAUCGCCUUCUACAACAACUACAUUGAUGAAAUGUUGAAGUACAACAUUACUCCUCUGAUCACUCUCUACCAUUGGGACCUUCCUCAAAAGCUGCAGGAGUUGGGCGGUUUUGCCAAUCCCCUCAUCAGCGACUGGUUUGAAGAUUACGCAAGAGUUGUAUUCGAGAACUUCGGUGACAGAGUCAAGAUGUUCAUGACUUUCAACGAACCUAGAGAGAUCUGCUUUGAAGGUUAUGGAGCGGCUACCAAGGCUCCGAUCCUGAACUCCACCGCCAUGGGAGCUUACUUGUGUGCCAAGAAUUUGGUUAUUGCUCACGCUAAGGCUUAUCACUUGUAUGACAAGGAAUUCAGACCUGUGCAGGGAGGCCAGUGCGGAAUUGCAAUCAGUGUGAACUGGUUUGGACCAGCCACACCAACUCCUGAAGAUGAGAUGGCUGCUGAACUUAGGAGACAAGGCGAGUGGGGAAUCUACGCUCAUCCCAUCUUCUCAGCUGAAGGAGGUUUCCCCAAAGAGCUUUCAGACAAAAUCGCCGUGAAGAGUGCUCAACAAGGCUACCCUAGGUCCCGUUUGCCAAUGUUCACUGAGGAAGAGAAGGCUUUCGUUAGAGGAGCUUCAGAUUUCUUUGGUGUGAACCAUUACACGGCGUAUCUGGUAUCCGCGACUGAACGCAAGGGUCAUUACCCUGUACCGUCUUUGCUGGAUGAUGUGGAUACUGGUUCAUUCCCUGAUGAUGACUGGCUCAAAUCUGCAUCUCCUUGGCUGACACUAGCACCAAACAGCAUUCACACAGCUCUGACUCACCUGAACUCCUUGUACAACAAGCCGGAAUUCUACAUCACAGAGAAUGGCUGGUCUACUGAUGAGAGUGAAGAGAACAGUCUCAUUGAUGACGACAGGAUCCGGUACUACAGAGCCUCGAUGGAGAGUCUCCUCAACUGCUUAGACGAUGGCAUCAAACUUAAGGGGUACAUGGCUUGGAGUCUGAUGGACAACUUUGAAUGGAUGGAGGGCUAUAUCGAGCGGUUUGGUCUCUACGAGGUCGACUUCUCGGACCCUGGUCGCACGCGCACCCCCAGGAAGUCAGCCUUCGUAUACAAGCACAUCAUCAAACAUCGCGCCGUGGACUAUGAAUACGAACCAGAGAGCAUGACCAUGACUAUCGAUGAGGGCCAUUGA